CCACUGGAUUUAAAAGAUGACACAAAUGAACCAGAAGUGAAAAUGAACCAACUUCUCAAUGCAGACUCCCCUGAAGGUGAGAAGCAGCAUCAGCAGGAUAAUAAUCAAGAAGAGUCAGGAUCAAACACAGAUGAAGAACUAAAGCGUAAAAAGAGACGAGAGAAAACCAAAGAUCACAGUGAUGGUUCAAAACUAAAAAGACAUAAGACCAAUAAACCUUGUGAAGUAUGUGGUAAAUGUUUCACUAAAUGUAGAUGUUUGACUAAUUACAUGAGAGGAAAUACAGGAGAGAAAUCUUUCCUGUGUGUGCUUUGUGGAAAAGGUUUCCCCUGGCAAAGUCAGUUAAAGGUCCACAUGAGAGCCCACACAGGGGAGAAACCUUUCUCCUGUCCAACUUGUGCAAAAGGGUUUGCCAGUAAAAGUACCCUGAAUAUUCACAUAAGAACUCAUACGGGCGAGAAGCCAUAUGCUUGUGGAAUGUGUCAUAAAUCUUUUAGCUGUAAUAGUAGUUUAGCUAUUCACACAAGAGCCCACACAAGGGAGAAGCCUUUCUCCUGUCAAACUUGUGCAAAAGGUUUUGCCUGUAAAAGUGACCUGAGUAUGCACAUGAGAACUCAUACAGGCGAGAAGCCGUACGCUUGUGAAAUGUGUCAUAAAUCCUUCAGCAAAGGUAGUUGUUUAGCUCGUCACAUGAGAACGCAUACAGGCGAGAAGCCUGUCUCCUGUCCAACUUGUGCAAAAGGGUUUGCCAGUAAAAGUAACCUGAAUAUACACAUAAGAAUUCAUACGGGCGAAAAGCCAUAUGCUUGUGGAAUGUGUCAUAAAUCUUUUAGCUGUAAUAGUAGUUUAGCUAUUCACACGAGAACGCACACAGGGGAGAAGCCUUUUUCUUGCCCAACUUGUGCUAAAGGAUUUUCUCAGAGUAAACACCUGAGUCGGCACAUAAGAACUCAUACAGGCGAGAAGCCUUACCAUUGUCAAGUGUGCAAUAAGUCCUUUACUUCCACUGGUAAUAGGAUUAUACAUAUGAGAACUCACACAGGGGAGAAGCCUUUUCAUUGUAAAGUGUGUGAUAAAUAUUUUACGUCCUCUAGUAGUAGGAUUUAUCAUAUGAGAACUCACACAGGAGGGAAGCUUUAUCCUUGUAAAGUGUGUGAUAAAUCUUUUACGUCCUCUAGUAGUAGGAUUUAUCAUAUUAGAACUCACACAGGGGAGAAGCCUUAUCAUUGUAAAGUGUGCGAUAAAUCUUUUAGGUCCUCUAGUAGUAGGUUUAAACAUAUGAGAACUCACAGGUGAGAAGCUGUAUGCUUCUAAAGCGUGUGCUAAGUCUUUCAGAAACAGUUGUCAUCUGGCUGAUCACAUGCUAACCUACAGGUGAGAAGCAUUUCCUGUGUCUCAUGUGCAGAAAAUGUUUCUUCAAGCAAAGCAAUCCAAGUGUCCACAUGAGAAUCCAUGGUGGUGAGAGGACUCACCCUUCAGAUACAUAUUAAAAUCAGUGACUGUUGUAAAUUAGCUAAACACAACAUACAGGUUUGUUUAAUCACAUUAGAUCACAAGUUCCAACUUCUGCUUUUUCGUGGACAGAUGGAGCCAUCUACUGAACAACUAUAAAGGACUUGAUGAUCUUCCUUGGUGUGUUAUUAAAUCAGUAGAAUUACUUUUAGAUUAUUAGAGCUAGGUUUCAGGAGAUUAUAUUUUUGUCAUUCAUCUGUUGUUCAUUUGAAUAAAUGAUUGAGCUCAUGUGACACUAAAAUAUGAAAUUAUUUACUUAUCCUUCAUAAAAAUUAAACUUUUUUACUAUCAAA